AAUUGUCUCCUCUACUCCCACAUUAACCCAAAAGAGAAAAAAGGAAAGAAAAAAAAACAUUAGUGUUAAGUGUUCUAUUGUGCACUAAUUUCAAAUGUCAUGCAUACCAAAUGAUUAACGGCUAGUUAGUCGGAACUUGUGUCUCUACUGAGAUCAGUUUGAUUUCAUGGAAAACUUUUAACCAUGAGAUAAUUCAAUACAUAGAUGACAAUACUUCCUCAUGCAGAUCAACAACUUUGUGAUGGAUAAACAUCACGAAGAUUGGAAGAAAUCACCUAGUGUUUUUUGUUUCUAUUGAGAUUUAAACCAUCCACUUUAUUGACCACUAGACCACACCUUAGAGUGCAUGUCUGUUUCCUAUUUCAAUAACCCAAGCAAGAAAAGAGCUUCUUACUAAACAAUUCGAUUCUUCAUUAAAGUAUACGUUUCGCAAAGAUUAGACAACAGAAAUACAAGAGACAGAGUAUUUAAUUGCGGAAAAACUUACUUUGUUUAUGGUAAAUGCAAAAGCUAUUUUCAAACAUAAAAAAUCACAACAAAUUUUCUAAUUUCUCGAAAUUGUUGUAUCUUUCCCCAGAAAAAGGUCCAAAAUGACUCAUAUAAGCUAUCAUCAUCUUACUGAAGACAAAUUCUUUAGUUAUAAGAUAACAAAAAAUGUUUUUCAACUCAACUAAGAAACCAAGUCCUUAUAACCAAAGGUGGCAACCUUGCCAGCCAUCCUUGAAUGUUACAAAUUAAAGUCGUUAUGUGAUCAAAUAAAAGAGAGUAUCUCAUUGGUUUUCCAUAAGAAAUAUUAGUUUAAAGUUAAACAGAACAUCCUAAUCCAACUUGCAUCAUCACUCACAUCACCUCCCUUAUUAUCUUGGCCUUCCAAUUAUGGAUUAAUCAAAUACUUUUUUAUUUUCUGUUUCAUUUUAACUGUUGUUUUAACAAUUCCUUUCUUUUUAUUGGCAUCUGAGACCCACUCAUAGCAUCAUUUACCCUCUCAACAUUCCAAAGAAGACCUAACAACUCUUCAUCUUCCUCCUUUGCAAAUCAAAUCCUCAGCCUCCUUUCCCUUUAUAUGGAUAUACUUUCCUUUAACUUAUUAGCUUCCAUUACCACUGCUCUCUCUCUCUCCCUCUCUCUCUUCUCUCUCCCCAUGCACUCUGCCUACAUGAUGAAGUAAAUUCUGGUUUUCUUUAGUCUAUUGUUAUGUCCUCUGUUCAAGGUCAUGCAGCUAAGUUUGCAGCAAACACCAUCCUAUAGAGCAGAUCGGACGAUGAGAUCAUGCUAGCUGACUCUGAUACAACAUCAGACCUCUCGGCCGACAUACAAAAUUUUUCAUUAUUUAUUAGCUCAUGGAAUGUUGGAGGCAUUGCACCACCCAACGACUUAAAUAUGGAGGGCUUGCUUGAUACUCGAAACAACUUGGCUGAUAUUUAUGUUCUCGGGUUUCAAGAAAUUGUACCUCUGAAUGCUGGAAGUGUUAUAGUGCCAGAGAACACAAUUUUAUGCAUGCAAUGGAAUUCUCUUAUUAGAACAGCUCUGAACAAGAUAGAGGAAGAAGAAAAUCAAAAGGUUUACCCACUAAACAAAGAGAGUUCCUCACAUUUUGAAUGCAUAAUUAGCAAGCAAAUGGUGGGAGUUUUUAUUACCAUAUGGGCGAGGUCUCCACUCCUUCCAUAUAUCAGGCAUACAAGUGUCUCCUCUGUAGGCUGUGGUAUAUUUGGCUACCUCGGAAACAAGGGUUCAGUGUCGGUUAGAUUUUGCUUGCAUGAAACAAGCUUCUGCUUUGUGUGUAGUCACUUAGCUUCCGGAGGAAAAGAAGGAGAUGAGAGACAGAGAAAUGCAGAUGCCUCCCAAAUACUAUCACGCACAAGAUUUCCUUGUGACUCAUUUCAGCAUUUGCCAAGAAAAAUUCUACAGCACGAUAGGGUGAUUUGGCUAGGAGACCUGAAUUAUAGGAUUUACUUGCCUGAAGCCAUAACAAGAUCUUUAGUCAACGACAGGCAGUGGAGCAUCUUAUUACAAAAGGAUCAGCUGAAGGCCGAGCUAAGAGAAGGCUGUAUUUUCAAAGGUUGGCAAGAGGAAGAAAUUGAGUUUGCACCAACAUACAAAUAUUAUCCAGAUUCCGAUGAUUAUUAUGGCUGCAGUCAGAACGGGAAAAGGGGAAAGAGUCGAGCCCCAGCUUGGUGUGACAGGAUUAUAUGGUUUGGCAAGGGACUGAAGCAAAGCCAGUAUAAUAGAGGUGAGUUUAGAUUGUCAGACCACAGACCAGUACGGGCAACUUUCACGGCAGAGGUCAAGGUUCUAUCACCAUUAUAUUAGAGGACUUAGAAGGCCUUGCCAAACAGUUUUGAAAACUUUUUGAAGCAGUUCUAAAUUUCUAAUAAUGGCAAUAGUGACAGAUUACUGUGUAUG